AUGUCGCAGUUUCUUCAGUCGUACGGUCGCAUGCUGCAGCACGUUCAGGCAAACGGUCGAAACGAGCAAGCCAGCGACGCUUUGGUGUCGGGCGACUCUCUCGCAGCAGCGGGUGCGACGGUGGUCGAGCGUGUUCACCUUGGCCUCAACGCGCUUCUCGGACACCCCGUUCAUGGUGUGCAAGGAGGACAGAGGUGGUGCGAGAAGGAGAUGCAGGUCGAGCGGUGCUUAGCCGAACUCGAGAAGGACAUUGACGGUAUCCGAUCGGCGCACGAGCGACCUCCGCGUGCCGCGACUCUCACCCUCGCCACCGCUCACUGCUACGAAGCCGCUCGCCUCAUUCGCACCCUUUGA